AACCCCUCGUGUGCUCAUCGUUGCUCACUGCGCUCAUCAGGACAGAGAUCCCUCACCGACGAAGACAGAAUCAGCAAAAUGGUGAAAUUUGGAGUCAAUGGAUUUGGCCGCAUCGGUCGCCUGGUGACCCGCGUUGCUAUUCUCACUGGCAAGGCACAGAUUGUGGCCAUCAAUGACCCUUUCAUCGAUGUCGAGUACAUGGCCUACAUGUUCAAGUAUGACUCCACCCACGGCCGUUUCCAUGGUGAUGUGAAGGUCGAGGGAGGCAAGCUCGUCAUCAACGGAAACGCCAUCACUGUCUACUCCGAGAGGGACCCAACCGCCAUUAAGUGGGGGGAUGCCGGUGCUGAUUACGUUGUGGAGUCCACUGGUGUGUUCACCACUAUCGAGAAGGCCGGGGCCCACUUGAAGGGUGGUGCCAAGAGGGUCAUCAUCUCCGCCCCCAGUGCAGACGCCCCCAUGUUUGUCAUGGGUGUCAAUCACGAAAAGUACGACAAUUCCAUGACUGUCGUUAGCAACGCCUCCUGCACAACCAACUGCCUGGCACCUGUUGCUAAGGUCCUUAAUGACAACUUUGUUAUUAUUGAGGGACUCAUGAGCACAGUGCACGCUGUCACCGCCACCCAGAAGACUGUGGACUCUCCCUCAGGCAAGCUGUGGAGAGAUGGCCGUGGUGCCAGCCAAAACAUCAUCCCCGCCUCCACCGGUGCUGCCAAGGCUGUGGGCAAGGUCAUUCCCGAGCUUAAUGGAAAGCUUACUGGCAUGGCCUUCCGUGUCCCCACCCCUAAUGUGUCUGUUGUUGACCUGACAGUUCGCCUGGAGAAGCCUGCCAAGUAUGAUGACAUCAAGAAGGUUAUGCAGGCAGCCGCUGAGGGGCCAAUGAAGGGAAUUCUGGGAUACACAGAGGACCAGGUGGUGUCCUCAGACUUCAACGGCGACCCACACUCCUCCUACUUUGACGCUGGUGCAGGUAUUGCCAUUUCUGACCACUUCGUCAAGGUGGUUUCAUGGUACGACAAUGAGUGGGGUUACAGCAACCGCGUUGUCGACCUGAUGGCCCACAUGCAGACCAAGGAAUGAAGUUUCCUUGCAUGAUGCAUUAACACAAUCUCAUACCUGCUCACGUGAUACUUUUCCUGUAACCCAUUUCCACCUCCCGUGACCUGUCUCCUUAUUCCCUACUCCCUUGUUGGUGAAGAAUCACUUUUUUUUUUUAAUAAAACUAUCCACUCCACAAGUAAA